GCGCGUAACCACGUUGCGCUAUCCACGGUAUCUAAAAGAAAUAACAAGCUCAGGCGAGAGCUGCAUCACAAGCGUUUGUGGCGUGUUUGUUCCUAGGUAUGCAGUCGGACAUCAGAAAGCAAGAGUCUUUCUGUUUACAGAGAAGACAAAAAGGAUGAAAUGCAACCACCCGAGCCGGUUUGGGACACUUUAUGUGAUAUUUUGCGCCAUGCUGGCAUCUUCAAUCGUCCAGGGCGCACGAUAUUUCGAAAAAAAAGUGUCUACACUACUGAAUGAGGUGUCAGAAAACCCAAAGUGCUUUGCUGAGGGCAGGAAAGACUUCACAUGCUUCUGGGAGGAAGAUGAGGAGAGGGCCGGAUCUGUGGAUCAGUACUCUUUCACAUACACCUACCAAAAUGAGCACAGCAACAGUUGCCCAUUGAGAGUCCUGCAUGCAGCAGGUGGGAAGAGACUGUUCAUGUGCCAUCUGAACCGAACCCAGAUGUUUGUCCAAAUGGACAUACAGGUUCUCCGAGAGGGAACACUGAUCCACAACCGCAGCCUUCUUGUUGAGCUUGUCUUUCUUCUAGACCCUCCAGCUAAUGUGACAAUAAGCCGCCCAGGUCAUCAAGGCCAGCUAUAUGUUAGCUGGAUGCCCCCCCCUCUGAAGUACAUGGAUGACAGCAUGAUCUACGAGGUCAGCUAUGCUACAGCUGACAGCCACAGGUGGCAGGUAGAUGUGGCAAAAGCCAGCUCAAAAACGAUCUUGAGAGGUUUGCAGCAAAGUACAAAUUACAAGGUGCGAGUCCGUGUGAAACUGGAUGGGAUUAGCUACAACGGCUUUUGGAGUGCCUGGAGUGAUCCUGUGUACAUGGAAACACUGCCUGCAGAACUUGACCUACUCAUCGUGUCCCUGACUCUCAUCAUCUCUUUCAUCCUCAUUGUGGUGUCCCUCACAAUACUCCUGUACCAUCGCAGAUUUCUUGCAAAGAAAAUUUGGCCAAAUAUUCCAACUCCUGACCGCAAGUUCCAAGGUCUUUUUACUGUCUAUGGUGGAGACUUUGAGGAGUGGUUGGGCCAGUCCAAUGGAGGCUUCAGGUUGACUAGAGGUUUUUUCAACUCAGAAGAAUGCACUUCUCCCCUGGAAGUCCUCUCAGAGCUAAGCCUGUGCCCCUCACUGCCUUCCCCGCCUCUGCCACCAAAGGCCUCUAGGGCUUUGACCACAGGAGCAAAGCACAACAUGGAUGUAAAGAAAAGGCUGGAGAGGAGAGAGACGGCUGAAAUGGUUGAUUCAGCUGGGACGGAGGGAUGGAGAGCCCCACCACAUGAUCACUGGCUAAUGGACUGUUUACGGGCGCUCCAACAGGACACAAUUCCCAGCUCCCAGUCCUCUAUUCUGGAAUCUCAAGAUGCAUAUGUUACCCUCAGUGCCAAUAACUGCAGCAACAAUGAACACCUGGAUGACAUUCUAGAGGAGGCCUCGCCCCUUGAGGCGCUUUUUGCCUCCAGAAAGACAGUGUCUUCUGGAUCUCAUUCUGACCUGGGAUCUGUUCAGCAGAGCUCCGGGUCAGGUCGACUAUCAUCGCAGUCCAGCUUUGAGUACCCAAACCAUACCUGGAUGCCUAGAGGCCCUGCAGAAUUCACCUACAUGGCAGUGGCUGACUCAGGAGUCUCUAUGGAUUACAGCCCCAUGAGCAGAGCAGAUGACAUUGGAAAAAUGGUUAUCUAUGCCCAUGAUUACAAGAAUGACAUCCCUGCUCAGGUGAGACCAUUCUUGUUGAGUCAGCAUCCUUUCCACGAUGUUGACAGCUGAGAGGCAGUAAGGCUGGACAGCUUAAAACAAUUAACUCUCACUCUCUUGGGGCACUGGUGGCGCAGUGGUUAAUGCGCGUGCCUCGUGUAUGGAGGCUAUAGUCUUCAAAGCGGCCGGCCCGGGUUCAAAUUCAGCCUGUGGCUCCUUUCCCGCAUGUCAUUCCCCACUCUCUCUCCCUGAUUUCCAGCUCUAUCCACUGUCCUAUCUCUCCAUAAAAGGCCCAAAAAGCCCAAAAAGAAAUCUUUAAAAAAAUUAAAAAAAUUAAAAUUAACUCUGUUCAGAGCAGUGAAUUCACCCCUAAGCUACAGUAUGUUAUAUUAAGUCAACUGUAAAUAAGGUGUACGAAGGAUUCAGAAGCAUACUUAAGUAUAGGACUGGUGAUACUCAAUAUUUUCUGUAUUUUUAAGAAAAUCUCAAGAAAAGACCAAAAAUAAUAAUGACUCAAUGCCUUAGUGCUGACCGUGUAGCCAAAGCCUGAUAUAGCUUAAUCCUUGUCUACAGCCAUGCUAGCAUCAGUGUGAGGCUAUACUUAUGUUACUAAAAUGUUAUAAGAAUGAUCUUUAUUGCUCCUAUCUGACUUGUAAAUAGCGUUCAACUCAACUUCCAUGUAAAAAUCUGGUUCAGAAUCUAGUUUUUAUCUAACUUUACAGUCUACCUGUCUCCCAUCACAUCAAUCCCUGACCACAGGUCAGAGGAUAUGCUGUUAUAUUGUCCAUCAUUAAAUCAGUGCCCAUGAUCACCUCUGUAGUAAUCACAACUUGACAAAGUGAACUCUUAACCAUAACGAGGAGUGA